AUGUUAGAAGAUCAAACGGCUCGAGUAUGCAGGCUUGAGGCGAAAAGGAGAAAGAAGAACAAUGAUUUACGCAAUGAGAUCGGCUGUGACGCGGCAUCGGCGUUUGGCAUUUCGCGCCCUCAACACCUCGGGCGAAGUUGGCACCUCGAGCAAUAUCGGCACCUCGUGACAUCAGUCGCACAUCACGACAUCGACACCAGGUCUCAACAUCGGCACCAGCACCACUCACUCGGCGACAUCGGCGCCGAUCCUAGGAUGACAUCGGCGCUGCGUGUUCCCGACUUCGGUACUGCGUGUGCCCCACAUCGGUACCGCGUGUUCCCGACUUCGGUACCGCGUGUGCCCCACAUCGGUACCGUGUGUUCUCGACUUCGGUACCGUGUGUUCUCGACUUCGGUACUGUGUGUGCCUGACAUCGGUACCGCGUGUUCCUGA